GCUCUCUCAGAAUCUGCCGCGGUGCCCUCUCGCCGCGCCUCCUCCUCUCAGCGUCCCUGUCGUGUCUCAUCCCUUAUAUUCUGCUCAUCCCUUGUAUUUCGCUACGCCUCUGUCCCUCUGUCCCUCGCCUACGUGCCUCUGUUCUUCCAUGCUUCCCUCGCCUCGUCGCGCCGUGCCUCCGUCCCUCUCUCACCGCACCACCCCUCCGUCCCUCGCGCCUGGUUUCGCUGCCUCGCGCCUGCUCCCGUGGCUUCCGUUUCAGACAGAUCCCAGGACUAGGUUGGAUGCAGGGACUUGGGAGGGUUGGCCUUGGUUAUUGCAUUUCGGCUGCAGUGGCUUGUCCCUCCCUCACCGUGCCGCGCCUCACCACGCUGCGCCUCGAUCUGCCUGCACUCGAUUUGUCAAAACAGCUUCCAAUGGGCAAGGAUCUAAGGGCAACAUGACCAAAAAAGUCAAGCUGCAGAAGUGGAUGCAACAACUCAGAGGGACAAUGUUGAACUUGUAGCUGAAAAUGAUCGGAGUACCCCCAUAUUUGCAGACCAACCAAACAAGGAGCAACCUGUGGAUUCAACGUCUCCUUUGUCCGGCACUUCAUUAUCAUAAAGCCAACUGAUGAUGUUGGUAAACAUGCCACAGAUGAUGUGAAAGUUUUAGCA